AUGUCUGCUAUCCCUAACCUCCCCCAGCAUAUCGUCGAGUUCAAUGGCCACAAUGCGGAUGCUGCUCAUGAGCACAUCUUGAAAGCGAACGACAGUGCUCUCCACGUUGAACACACCACUCCCACAGCUGACAGCAAAACCAAUGGGCACACGAAUGGUUCCAGAGAACAAACCCCGUGGUUGCUUCACGAUGCACCUAUAGAGAACCAGCGGCCGAUCAAGGUUAUCGUGGUAGGAGCUGGAUACUCGGGCAUAUACUGUGGCAUUCGAAUUCCAGAGCGACUGCGGAACUGCGAGCUGGUGAUAUACGACAAGAACGAUGGCAUUGGUGGUACUUGGUAUGAAAACCACUACCCCGGCGCAGCCUGCGACAUACCCAGCCAUUCCUACCAAUUCUCCUUCAAUCCCAAGGUCGACUGGUCAGCGUUGUACGCGCCAAGCUGGGAGAUCCGAGACUACCUCCAAGACACAGCGAAAAAGUACGGCGCCGAUCGCUUCAUGAAGCUCAGGCAUGAGGUUACCGAGUGCACAUGGGACAACGCAAGAGGGAAGUGGAUCGUCAUGGUGAAGAGGCCGAGUGGAGACAUCUUCAAAGAUGAGAGCGAUGUUCUGAUCAGCGCAAGGGGACUCCUCAAUCAUAAGCAAUGGCCAGAUAUUGAAGGGCUGAAGGACUUCCAGGGUGAGGUGAUGCAUUCAGCGGAUUGGAAUGAUGAUUAUGAUUUCACACAUAAGCGGAUAGGGGUGAUUGGAUCAGGCUCAAGUGCUAUUCAGAUUAUUCCCAGCUUGCAGAAAGUCCCCGGCGCACAACUGAAUUGCUUCAUGAGGAGCAAGACCUGGAUCUCACCUCCCCUCGGCCAAAACUCCAUGGACAAACUCGGCAUGGGCUCCCAACUCCAGUUCAAACCCGAACAAAUCGAGCACUUCAAAAGAGACCCCGAAGCAUGGCUAUCCUUCCGCCUCCUCGUCGAAGCCGACGCCAACAACAUCCACGCCUCAACCCUCAAAAACUCCGAAAUGUCCAAAGCCGCCAUGAUCGCCUUCGACACCGGCAUGAAAGCCCGCCUCGCAAAGAAACCCCAUUACUACGACUGGCUUAAACCCAACUUCGCCCCAGGCUGCAGACGUAUCACCCCCGGUCCCGGUUUCCUCGAAGCCCUCGUCGAAGACAACGUCACCUUCACCCGCGACAGAAUCGCCCAGAUCGAUCGGACCGGCAUCAUAACCGAAGACGGCACACACCACGCCAUCGACGUCCUCGUCUGCGCGACAGGCUUCUACGCCAGCGCCGCGCCCCCUUUCCCAGUAACCGGCUUGAACGGCCACACCCUCCAAUCCCACUGGUCCGACCGCUCGCACAACUACCUCUCCCUAACCACCGACCAAUUCCCCAACCACUUCUUCAUGCUAGGCCCCAACGGCGCCAUCGCCGAAGGCUCCCUCACCAUGAUGAUCGAAAGCACCGGCUCCUACAUCCUCAAAUGCAUCCGCAAACUCCAGCGCGAGAAUGUCAAAUCCAUGACCAUCAAACCCGCCCUAGUGCGGGACUUCACGCGCUACUGCGAUGCCUACUUCGAGGGGACGGUGUUCAAAGAUGACUGUAACUCCUGGUAUAGGAAGAAUGGACAGGGCGUGCCGGGGGAUAAGGUCACGGGGUUGUGGCCGGGGAGUACGCUGCAUUGUAUUGAGGCGAUGAGGUCUCCGAGGUGGGAGGAUUAUGAGUAUGAGUAUUUUGAGGAAGAGAAUGGGGCGGAAGGGAAUCGGAUGGGGUGGUUGGGGAAUGGGUGGGCUGUGACUCAGUUGGGAGAGCCGACGAGGGAGCAGUUGGCGUGGUAUCUUUUGCCGGCGUUUCAGGAGAGGGAUGUUGGGGUUCCGGUGGCGCCUAGGCCGGAGGAGAAUGAGAUGUAUCAGGUUAGGCCGUGGUCGUAUUGA